AUGGCUUCUUUACAAGGAUCCUUUCCUGCAGUUUUGGGAGAACGCUCCGGCUUCUCUUCUUCGCCUUUGGCGGGAGUUUCUUUCAUUAGGCUGCCGGAUUUUAACCGGAGGAGAUCCGGCCACCGUAUAAGCCGUCCUAGAAUGCCUUGUACAGGUAUGGCUCAACAAACUGUGCAGGGAGGAGCUCCGGCUACUUAUGCUAAAGAGAUGGAACGGCUCUCUGCUAAGGAAUCUCUUCUGCUUGCUUUUAAGGAUGCUGGGGGUUUCGAGGCUUUGGUCGCGGGAAAAACAACAGAUGUGCAACGGAUUGAUGUGAACGAAAGGAUAACUGGUCUUGAGAGGCUCAAUCCAUCACCAAGGCCGACAACGUCUCCCUUUCUGGAGGGUCUAUGGAACUUUGAGUGGUUUGGAUCUGGAAGCCACGGACUUUUUGCUGCUAGAGUCAUAUUUGAGAGAUUUCCUUCGACACUGGCAGGAAUGUCAAAAAUGAAUUUGCUUCUUAAGGAUGGAUCUGCAAAGGUUACAGCACAUUUAAAAUUGCUUAACUCGAUAGAAAGCAAAUUUAUUCUUUCCACCAAAGUGUCUGUGGAGGGACCACUACGAAUGAAAGAAGAAUAUGUUGAGGGGAUAUUUGAAUCACCAACUAUUGUUGAAGAAACAAUACCAGAGCAGUUAAAAGGCGCAUAUAGUCAGGCUCUUACUACUGCCCAGCAACUUCCAGUUCCUGUUAGGGAUGCAGUGGCCCGUGGACUACGAGUUCCUCUGAGUGGGACAUUCCAGAGACUGUUCAUGAUUUCUUAUCUGGAUGAAGAGAUCCUUAUAAUAAGGGACACUGCUGGAAUACCUGAAGUUCUGACUAGGUUGGAGGCACCCUCGACCAGCAUGCCGGAAGCAAACCCUGAAUAUGAGAGCUAAGGCAUAUGUUUUUUGUUUCA